AUGCUCCGUGCGACUCUCUUUCUCUUUGUCCCACUCCCUUCUCUCCGUUUCACGCGGCAGCUGUUCAACAAGCUAUUGGUGGCGAAUCGCGGCGAGAUCGCGUGUCGCAUACUGCGCACGGCGAAGAAGCUGGGCAUCCCCACCGUCGCCGUCUACUCCGACACCGACAUCGAGGCUCCCCACGUCCGCCUCGCCGACGAGGCCGUGCACGUCGUGCGUCCCUCUUCCCUUGCCUCUCGUCCCUCGUCCCCGCCCCUCCUCCCUCGUCCCUCGUCUCUCGUCUCUCGUCGCUCGUACAUCUCACGACCAGAGAAUUCAGACAUUUCAGAUGUGUCGAUUAUUCAGUAUUGCGGACCGUCGCCGGCGAACGAGAGCUACCGCAACGUGGAGCGAGUCAUGGACGCCGUCAUCAAGGCCGGCGCCGACGCCGUGCAUCCGGGGUACAGCUUUCUGUCGGAGAAGCCCGAGUUCGCGGAGAAGCUCAAGGCGCAGGGCGUCACGUUCGUGGGCCCCACGCCUGAAGUCAUGCGCCUCAUGAAGGACAAGACGGCGAGCAAGCACGCGGCGGUGGCGGCGGGGCUGCAGGUGCUGCCCAUCGGGGAUGCCGUCGCCUCCGACGAGGACCACGCCGUCCAACUCGUCACUGAUUAUGACGCCUCAUGCCACGUGGUGAAUCCUUCUGCUGCCGUGCCUCCACGCUGCACUGUACCCGCCACCCCCAUUGCCCGCCAACCCCCCCACUGCGCGCCACCCCCGUGCCUGACAGCCAACAAGGUGGGGUUCCCAGUGGUGCUCAAGUCCCUCGACCGCAACCAGUCCCACGUGCUGCGCAUUGCCUCGAACGCGCGUGAGGUGCGGGACCACUACGACCAGUUCCAGCAGGACCUGUCGUUCGUCUCGCCUGGCGCGCACAGCCAAGUCGUCGUCGAACACUACCUGGAGAAGGCGCGGCUGAUUGAGAUUCAGAUCGUGGCCGACAAGCAUGGCGGCAUGCUGUGGUUCCCGGAGCGAGAGGCGUCCAUCCAGAGGCGCUACCAAAAGAGUCCGCCACGUUCGUGUUGCCAUCGUUAUCUCCUCCUCACCCCCCACUUCCCCAACCCUCUCCCCCCCCCGGUUCCCCCACUCCCCCCUCCCCGUCCACCCACCCGCCACCGACUGUGGGGCGGGGAGCAGCUGAUAGACGAGUCACCGAGCACGUUUGUGGACGCCGCCACGCGCAAGGCGCUGGUGGAGCAGUCCGUGGCGCUGGCACGCUCCAUCAACUACGACACCACCGGCACGGUGGAGUUCCUACUGAGUCAGAGCAAGGACAUCUACUUCCGAGGCAUGAGCACUCGCCUGCAUGCGGGGCACGCGGGGCACGUGGCGUCGGAGUGUGUGACGGGAGUGGACAUAGUGGAGCUCAUGCUGCGAGCAGCAGCGGGGCAGAAGCUCGCCGUGCCGCAGGACCGCAUAGCCGAGCCCAAGGGCUGGGCCAUCGGUGCCCGCAUCUACAGCGACAACCCGCGCAAAAACUUCCUCCCGUACGUCCAACCCCUCCUCGCUUUGUCAAGUGGCAAGAUCCUACGGUACAUAGAGCCCGCCAUGCAGUGCUCAAACGAGGGCAUUUUGCGCAUCGACUCGGGUGUGUCUGAGGGUGACGUCAUCAACUUCUACUACCACCCCCUCAUGUCCAAGGUGACCACGUGGGCGCCCACACGAGAUGCGGCUAUUGACAAGAUGGAGUUCGCCCUGGACCGGUACUACAUCGAGGGCAUAGAGAGCAACAUCCCCUUCCUGCGCUGCAUCGUCUCCCACCCGGCGUUUGCAUCGGGCAACAUAACGACCAAUUUCAUUCAGGAUAACUUCCCUGCUGGCUUCUACAACGACCACCUCUCCCCCCGUGAAGAGAGCGAGCUGGCGGGCAUAUCAGCCUUCCUGCACGUGAUCAAGGGCGUGCGUGCCUCUGCCACCGUCACCUCGGACCGCCCCGCAGCAGACGCCACGGCAGCAGCGGCGGCGGCAACGCUGUCACAGAAGGCAGUCACGGAGAAGCUGGUGGUGUCCGUGGAUGGCCAGCAGGUGCCCGUCACUCUCACGCACUGGCCCUCCGACAAACACCCCGUUCUGCGCCGCGCCAAGGUGGACGUGGCGGGGGAGGUGAUGGAGGUGGAGGAGCGGGACCCCAUCCUGAGCGGCAAGGGGCUCAUCCACAUGAGUCUGGACGGCAAGGACACCAGUGUGUGCAUCCGCCAGGAGCUGCCACGUGGCUUCUCCAUGCUCUACCACGGCAGCAUCAAGGUAACAGGCUGCUCCUGUUCUCCCAACCCUUCCCUCACCAUUCCAUCCUUCGAGCGUCCCUUGCAAAACUGCCCUCUUUCCUUCCUCCCUUGGACCACCUCCCACACACUCUUCCUUGCCUCACAUUCCUCUCACGCCUGUCCGUGUGUCGCUCCCCUCUCGCUCCCCUGGGUGGCAUACGAGCAGGACGAGGUGUUGGUGCAGAGAGCGGACUUAGCACCGCUGCAGAAGUUCAUGCCCAAGAAGAAGACCGACGACGUCGCCCAUGUGAGGCCCCAUCCCCUCCCCACUGCCCACUGCUGCCUCUCACCUGUUCCCUCAUUGCUUGCCUGCAUCAACCGACUCUUUUUCACCUCCUCGCUUCAGUGCCCUCCUCACUCAUCACAUCAUUGUCGGCCGAAUCUCACCCCAUCCUUGGUGUGGGCUCCUCUGUGCGUGCAGCUCAUCCGCACGCCCAUGCCGGGCUCUGUCGUCAAGAUCUCCGUGCGCUACAAGCAGAAGGUGCUGCCCGGGGACGAGCUGGUGACGAUCGAGGCGAUGAAGAUGAGGAAUGUGAUUCGCGCGGAGGAGGCGGGGGUGAUCCGCGGCAUCUACGUGAAGGAGGGGCAGACCGUCAAGGUCGGCGAGAUGCUGCUCGACCUUGACGUGUAA